UGAUUUUUUUCCCCUUAUUUAACUUGUCUUUUACAAAUUUUGCUUGCCUGUUUCAAUUACACAGAAACCAGCUUCAAACAAGAGCCCCAACGUAACACCAGCAAAAAGGAUAAUGCUUUCAGGGUUAACUGCAGGAAGUCAACUCCAGCCUAAAGUUUUAAGCUUUCAUUCGAGGCAAAUCACUGUUCAAAAUGGAGGAAAAUUGUUGGCCUUAAGAAUCAAGGCGUAUCCAAAGAAUAAAGUCAGAUGCAAAAUUGCAGAAUCGGACCAAGACUUCUCUUCAAUCAAGGGGUAUGAAAAGAAUCAUCCUUUAGUCAAAAUGUGUGGUAUUACAUCCGCUAGAGAUGCUGCUAUGGCAGCAGAAGCCGGCGCCAAUUUCAUUGGGAUGAUCCUUUGGCCUAAGUCCAAACGCUCCAUUUCGCUUUCAGUUGCAAAGGAAAUCUCAAAAGUCUCAAGGGAAUAUGGGGCCGAGCCUGUUGGUGUCUUUGUGGAUGAUGAUUUAGACACAAUUUUAAGAGCUUCCGAUGCAUCAAACAUUGAAUUCACGCAGCUUCAUGGAGAUCUUUCUCGGGCAGCUUUUCCAAAACUGGUGCAAGAAAACAGAAUUAUAUACGUCCUUCAUGCAAAUGAAGAUGGAGGCCUUCAAAACCAGAUUCCCGAAGAAGACUGUUCUUUAGUAGACUGGGUUCUUGUGGAUAGUGCUAAAGGUGGCAGUGGCAAAGGAUUUAAUUGGGCUCAGUUUAAGUUACCUUCAAUCAAAAGCAAACAUGGUUGGCUUUUGGCGGGGGGAAUCAAUCCUAAUAACGUUAGUGAGGCCAUUAAUACUCUCAAACCUCAUGGAGUUGAUGUAAGUAGUGGUAUUUGCGCCCCGGAUGGUAUUCAGAAGGAUCGAUCACGGAUUUUUUCUUUCAUGAAUGCAGUCCGUUCUGCACCAUGUUGAUCGAUCCGAGAAGCGAAGAUUAUCCAUCUGUCAAUGGUAACUGAACUGCCCAUUCAUUGUUUAAUUUUCUUCGGUAUAAUUAAGGUAUUCUUCCGGUUCAUGAAGACUAAUUCUUCCGAGAAUCUAUGGCUGUCCCUUCCAACAACAAUGCUUAAAUUCUAUGAUUCAUUGUUUUCGAGAUGUCUAUGAUUCUUAUGAUGAGUUCUAUGGCUAAUUCUAAUGUGGCACAGAUUAGAAGGGUGUUGUGGAUUACAACUGCCUAUUUGCUCCUAUUGCGAAUGACUAUUUGCAUCA